AUGUAUAUGACCGAUCAGUAUCCCAGGUUGGAUGGCAGGUCUUUGGAGGAUAGUCACACGAACAUUUUUGCACUUACGGAUCUCAGUGGGAUACACUAUCGGGUUUAUAGUUUAAGAGAGGAUAGGAAUUACUCUAUAUACGACGAUCCCUUGCUUUCCGCCUACAACAACUGCUUGCGCGAAAACUUGAUGUGCGCAUGGGUUCGUCGAAAACGCGUCGAUACGGAGCCACAUAAGCCGGACGUGUUUUCAAACUUCUCAAAGGAACUCUGGGUUUUCUGGGCUCAAUAUAGCAUCAAUUUUUCAUUUUUUUUGCACGGCGAAAGCACUGUUUGUGCGAGCUUGGAUAUUCGUCGCUUUCCCAAGUUCAAAUCCCUCACUCCUCGAGUAUUGUCACUUUGCGAGAAGUCGGCAGGUCGAUUUAACGUUGUGUUAGCCCCUUAUGGAAUCACCGCUCAACUGGUUGUACCACCUCAAGCUUACACAAACGACAUAUUUGUUGAUAAGGAAUUGGAGUUUUGGAAACGCUUCUUUCCGAUACGAUCUCCUGGGGACAGCUGUACCCUCUUGAAUUCCAGCGCCCACCCUAACUCCUUCUAUCUGGAUUUCUUGACACCGAACAAAUCUUCCCCCGCUCAGCAGCAGCAGCAGCAGCAGCAGCAACAAUGCUCCAGAUCGGAUGCGUCCUCGAAAAGGUCUUCGGCUAAUUAUACCGAACAACUUCCAGAUUUUGUAAAUGUUCUCAUUGGUGGCUUUAGAAUGCGUUACCCGACUUGCUUCGUUUUACUUGCUGAGGAUCAGCUCACCUCACUAAUGGAGCACUUGCAAGAUGGUCCAGACAAGCGGUUGUCACUGCCGCCUAAAUCCAGACAGACUGCCUCUGACUCCCAUCGUUUUCCUCAUCCUCGACUUCCACUAAAACAAUUGCCCAGCACCAAACGACGAAUCUACUUGGCGACUCGAGCACUUCAACGAGCACUGCGAUUCGAACGAUCAUUUGUACCCGAACUAGACUGUCUUCACAUAAGGUCUCGACUUCUUCCUCAGACUACGGUAGAUGACGCCGUUUUCAGAAGUAAUACGGAGGUCAAAAGUCCACAGGUCGUCCUACCGCUGCAUCGCCGUUCUGGCUCCAUAUCGCGAAUGCUUUGCGCCUUCGUUUCCGAAAUCGAUGCAUCUUUGGGGGUCGGUGGCGGCAACAAUUGUGAUAUGCCUGUUUCUGCGCUAAGACGUCAACCCUCCUCAACUGAUCCUCUUAUGCCGAAACUGAGUCCGCAGCCAUCGAACUCAGUGAUAUUUGGUGUUGGAGGUGUAUCAACUGCAGCUAGUAACAGUCAUUCCGCCUCUGUUAGUGUUGCUGUGGCCACUUCGAAUCUUCAGGCAACUCACCAUAUGGGUGCUGCGAAACCGCCAUGCUUGUUCAACUCUCAAAAUAUAAACCCGAAGGAGAGUGGCUCUUCCUAUUCAAAGUCUAAGCCUAUGGAUUGGGAUGAGGCACCCGUUUCCACUAUGACUCCAAAACUCCCCCGAUGCGUGGUGCGAAUCUCUCAGGCCACGACACAGCAGGUCAAAUCUCUUCCUCCUCUGACCGUGAAGCCUGAGGCAAUGGGCGGUGAAACGUCAUGGUUAGCCAGGCAGGUGGCUAACCGAUGUCGUCGCUCUCCCAUAGUUCACUUGAGUUAUGUAGAUCAAGUGAAUUUUCUUGACCACUCCUCCACAUCUUUUGGGGACGAAUCGAUGUAA